CCGCCGGCCGAGGUCAUACAUUACCUGUCGCCGCCAUGUGCGCUGCUCGCACCGUGUACGAGUUCUCCGCCCGGCUACUGUCCGGGGAGGCGCUGGCGCUGUCCCGCUACCGGGGGCAGGUGCUGCUCAUAGAGAACGUGGCCUCGCUGUGAGGGACGACCGUCCGGGACUACACGCAGAUGUGCCGGCUCCAGAGCGAGUACGGGCCCCGGGGGCUGCGGGUGCUCGGCUUCCCCUGCAACCAGUUCGGGCACCAGGAGAAUACCGGUAACCCGGAGAUCCUGAACGCACUGAAGCAUGUACGCCCAGGGGGCGGCUUUGAGCCCAAUUUCGCCCUGUUUGAGAAGUGUGAUGUGAAUGGGGAGAAGGAACACCCUCUCUUCACCUUCCUGAAGGAGCGUCUCCCGUACCCCAGCGACGACCCCGUCUCCCUCAUGACUGACCCGAAGAGCAUCAUCUGGUCCCCGGUGCGACGCAGUGAUGUGUCCUGGAACUUUGAGAAGUUUCUGAUUGGUGCAGACGGCGUUCCGUAUAAGAGAUAUGGCCGCCGCUUUGAGACCAUCAACAUUCGGGAGGACAUAGAGAAGCUGCUCUGCGAUGUUCCGCUCGACGAUAAGAUGUAACUGGCACAGCGCUUGCGCACAACUCCUGAUGGCGGGGGCGGUCGUCUCUGCCUUAGUCAUGUGACUGUAUUCCGUUACACUCCAUGUAUUAUCUGUAUAGUAGAGGCAGGCCUGCUCUUACCUGUGGCAGAUGAUGGCGCUCGGCGCAGACGUCGGGAGUUGUGCGAUUACGCGUGUUUUGCUGAUGCCUCCCAUCUAUACCCCCAGAAGUCUCCAGUCCUAACUGUAGGUGCCCCCAGACUCUUACCUAUGAUGCUCUCUCUUGAAACCUGGAGAGGGGGAGCUGAUGUCUCUGUAAGCGGUCUGUGGGGGUCUCUGAAUGGAGGGGAUGAUGGGGGGGAUCUGAUGUCACCUCUAAUAAAGUAUUUUCAAAGUC